CUGCCGAGCCGGCGGCGAAAUGGAGACGGCAGCGACUGGGAGCGAGGAGCCGGGCGCGGCGGAAGGGCCCGUGGAGGCAGCAGCGGGGCAGGAAGAUGGCGGCUGCGAGGGUCUGUGGGAGCUGCCCGUGGAGCGCUGCGUGAGGCGGGCGGAGUGCGGGCGCUGCAGCCGUCCUCGGAAAGUGUGUUUGUGUCCAUUCUUCCCUGUACAUCCUCUAAAAGUCUCCACCUGCUUGUAUAUAAUUCAGCAUCCAGCAGAGGAAAGUCGAGUAUUACGGACAGUGCCUCUUCUAGCUGCAUGCCUCCCUGGAGACAAGUGUAAAGUCUUGAUUGGCCGACGUUUUGGUGAGGAUAGAAGCCUGGUACUGUGGCACCUUUAUUUCAGGUAUCCUGAAUUAGCAGCUGUGUGCCGAAAUUCUAGUACUCUAAUUCUGUAUCCUGGAGCUGAAGCAGCUAAUUUGGAAGAAGUGGCUUUGAUCUUCCCAAGUCCAUCCACAAUCAUCAUCAUUGAUGGAACAUGGAGUCAGGCUAAAGAUAUAUUCUACAAAAACUCUCUUUUCCGGCUUCCUAAGCAGGUGCAACUGAAAACAAGCAUUUCAAGUCAAUAUGUAAUUCGUACCCAGCCAACAAACACCUGCCUUUCUACACUUGAAUGUGCAGCUAUUGCCCUUGCCAUCAUGGAAAAAAAUGAUGGUAUUCGGGAGACUAUACUCCGCCCUCUUCAAGCUUUGUGCUCUUUCCAACUUCAGCAUGGUGCCCAGAUCCAUCACAGCAAGGAGCAUCUUCUUAAAAAUGGUUUAUAUGACAAGCCCAUGCCAAAGAAUAAACGCAAGCUCAGGAGAAUGGAACUCUUAGUGAAUAAUGUUAAAAUCUAGAAAGACUGCACACACAGUACUAUGGAAUUAAUUUUUUUAUAGCUAACAAACACAAUUUGAUAUUGGAUUGUUCCAAAUAGCCAUCCGUAUGGUAAUAGACCUUUUAAACCCUUUGUAUUCAGGAGGCUUCCUGUCAAUAAUGCCAACUACAGUAAUAGGCAGCAUGUUUAGUUUUGUUGUUAUACUAGGCCAGAUGUCUUUGUUCAAGUGAUAACCCCCUGUAGAGGGGAGGAAAACUGCAGUGAAUAAUUUAGAGCUAUGUUGUCUCUAUAGUCAGUGUUUGAUCCCCAUUAAGACUGGAUAGAUUUACUUUGGGGAAGCUUUUUCUCAGUACUGAAGAACAGGAAGUCUGUUUAAGUAGGUAGUGGUAAGGGUAAGGAUCCAGUAUUUGGAAGAAUAUUGAAUUACUUCUCAGCAUUUAAAUUGUAAUCAGUAAUUACAAUAGAGUAUAACUAUAAAUGCCUAUAUUAGUUAAUCUGAACAUAAGGAAAUGUGAUGUGAGCAUUUUUGUUUUAGUUUUGUGAGGCGUUUAUUUCUUAUUUUACUAGUCUGUUAACUUGUUAUAGAUUUAUAUCCAUGUUAUUGUGCAGUCAUACUUACUUAGAGCCUGUCUGCAGUUUUCAAGGGUUUUGCUUGACUGAGAUAGGCCAAUAUAUUUUGUUCAGAUUUUAAUAAAAAAGAAAAUAUGGAAAUGGAGAUGGAGCUAAGCUUUUAUCUGAACUAUAGACCAGGUUCUGCACUCCAUACUUGAGCAAAACUCCCCUUGUCUGUGUAAAACCAGUAGAAUUUGGCCCAAAGAGCAUAUGCAGUAUACCACAUCUUAUUUAAUCCCUUUGAUUUUGGAAUUUAUAUGUAUUCCUGCACAAGUGUCUAUUGAAACCCUUUCAGAAUUGAGUAGUCUAGCCAGACUGUAAAAAUAUGUUUGCAGAUGCAUCAAAUCUUGUGGCGAAAUGAUUCUCUUUUUUUCAGCAAUCGUGGCACUGCAGUGUUGCUGCCUGCAGUGUAAGCACUAGUGAAGACAAGGAUAAGAUAUUUUUAUUUGCAUCAUGAAGCAGGUUUUCAUGACAAAAACUAGUGAUAUUAGGGCUUUACCACAGUGAAAACCUGCUUUAUGAAACUGUGGUAGUAAAAGUGCGUGAUCCCUGUCCUGACUAGUGCAGCUAUACUGGAUAGUAAUUAUUCUUAGGCCUUGCCUACUCUAGGGUAUUUUUCCCAUAAUUUAUGACUGCUGCUACCGCUGGACUCUUAAGUGGUCACCAGUGUUUUAACAACUGUGGAUUUGUCUAUAUUAGGAAAAGAGAUCAAGUUUAUGUCAGGACUAGCUAAGACCUUUUCUUUUCUAACCAUGACCUUUUCUUUAGUCUAGAUGCUAUUUAGAUAAAUCCCAUGUCUGUGGCUAACACUGGUACAGCUGAACUGGUGAUAGCAACAAUGAGACAUUAGGAGCAGAAAGACUAAUGUAGACACCCUUACUGUAGAAGCACAUUCUCUAGUGAAACAGACAAGAAUUCUUGUUUAAGUGGUAAUUAAGCUCUGUGGGUUAACACCACAUUGACUAGAAUGGAGGAUGUUCCCACUCUGCUCUUGUUUCAGUUUACCUUGUUUCAGAUUCAGUGGGACAGCAGUGCAUCCUUCAGUUUACACUGUGAAGGUUAUUUUCCCUAACAGAAGGGUUAAAUAUUUCUAUUCACAAAAUGUAAGUUCAAAUUCUGGAGAACAGAGGAAAAUCUGUGUUAAUACUCUAAAUUCACGAACAAUUGAAGUCUUAAUGGAUCAAAGAAAUAGUCUACUUAAUUGAGUUAUAAUCCUACAUGAAGUACUUCAGUACAGUAUAGUGUGUGAAUUGAAGGUUUUUUUCAAUUCUGCAUAAGGGUCAAAUUUUCCAAUGUUUAUAUGAGAGAUUUUUAUUGAUGUGAAUAAUCUCAUUGAUGUGGGGCUACUCCCGUGAGUAAUGUUUGUUACUUAAGUGAGUAAUGUUUUUAGGAUCAAGACCUAAUGUUGGAGAAGUGAAUGUCUGUUGCAGUCAAGUCUGCAGUACUGUCUGUACCAUACUAGUAGUUAUUUUAAAAAUGAAAAAAAGAUGAAGUUAUUUGUUAUGCUUCAGUUAUUAGAAUCCUAAGAUUUUACUUUCUUUGAGGAUUUUGUCGUUUUUAGUUUAACUGGGAUGGGCAUCUAGUUGCUACACAGUUGUCACAUGAAGUUACAUCAAAGCUGAUUACAUUUUUUUUGUUCAUUGCCAUUUUACAAAGAAUUAACACUUAAUUUGAUUAAAGCUGUUUUAUCUUCUUCCUCUAUGUUAAAAUCCAAUUCUGUUGCUGCAGUCCUUUCUUGAAAACCAAGCAGAUAUAUUCUCAAAUAAUAGUUCUUCACCCCUUCUAUUCAUUCUGAGCAUCCUCCUUUUCCAUUAAUCUUUUCUGGGCACAAUGAAAAGUGUUUGCACAAAGACAUUUAGGGCCAAAUUUUCCGGUAGGCCUCAAUGCAGUAUCUUUUUUUUUUUUUUUUUUUUUUUUUUUUGGUAGGCCUAAUUUUGCAGCCUCAAAUAAUUGGGUUUUAAAUUAAUUACAGGCGCAAAUAAUAGAUGUCUAAAUAUCUGAUUUGUAUGUGUGAAAAGUGGUAUAACUAUCACUUUUGCCUCCAAUUUAUUAUGGACCACAAAAUUCAAGCAGAAUUAUUUGCAGAUAUAACAUUGUGCAUGUAAAGAUGGAGGCCACUCUUGAAAACCUGGCCCUUAAUCUAUUAUUCUUGUAAACAGAAUUUUGAUUGGUUCUAUAUACUAAAUUGUUACAGUUUAAUUUCAAUAUUUUAUGUUACAUGACAGUGUCAUGCAGGUUGAUCAGUUGUAAGUUUAUUUUCAGAUUUUUAUAUUUUUGGUGAUAGUGUAUAGCUUUUUAAACAAAAUUAUGUGCAUUAACAAACAUUUUCAGAAUUUAGCAAUCUUGUCUUCAGGCCAACGGGGAUCAAACUUGGAAGUUAUAUUUUAAUAUAUGACAGUUCUCUCAAGAAAAGAUAAUACCCAAAUCUUAACUCUUUUUAUUGUGAGAGAGCUUGAAGAGCUGUCACCUACUUCCUGUAAGAAAUUUUAAUUAAAGUAAGUUUAUUUUGCAUUUUUA